CUGUAUGUUUACUGCUCCCCGCGAUACCGCCUCUGUAUUGUAUGGGAGACUCAUCUAAUAUUAUUAAACCACAAGUUCCUCUUGAGGCUUCUGUUUGACCCAUGGAGACAUAUCCCAGGCCCAUUCUUAGCAAAAUUCACGGGGGUCAUGCUGCGCUUGGAGUCUAUGCGGGGACGUCGUGUCUACGAGCUAGAUAGAUUGCAUGCUAGAUAUGGACCCAUAGUCCGCGUUGGGCCUGACGAGGUAUCCAUCAGUGAUUGGCGACAUCUUCGGACAAUAUACCAGGCAAAGAGCGGCGUCAUCAAAGAUGCCCGCUUUUACGACCCCAUUAGGAUGUUUGGCCAGCAUAACAUCUUCCAGAUGAUUGACCCUGCUGAGCAUGCUGCUCGGAGGAAGCUCAGCAGCUCUCCAUACUCAUUGCAAUCCAUAGCCCAGCUCGACCCUAUCAUCCAGAAACAAUCGCAAAUUCUCGUGAGCCGCCUUCUCGCACAAGCCUCGGCGUCAGCGUCUGGAACUGCUGAUGCGUAUAUGCUAUGUGGGCUUUACAGCCUCGAAGUCAUUUGCCAAGCCGGCUUUGCCAAGGAGUUCACCGGGCCAACCGCCACAGACGACACACGUCACCUGCUGGAUCUGAUUGAUGGUUCUGCAGCAGCAUUCAUGUAUAGCGCGUCUAUACCGUUUGCAAGUAUCCAUGGCGUUGGGUCGAGGUUACCUGGGCCGAUCGGGGCUUCGUAUCGGGCUUUUGCAGAUUGGCAACAAGCAUCGCGCGACAUGGUGGACCACUUCUUGCAACACUCUUCUGAAGAGACCAAGUAUCUGCUGAACCCACUAUCUCAGAGCACUGAUCGAUUCCUCAAUCGCAAGUUGGCGCACAAUGAGCUCGUCGAAGAGGCGAUGACUUAUGUGUUUGCGGGAUCAGGCACGACAUCGACGACUCUCACUUAUAUCCUCUAUGAGAUUUCAAAACCUAAUCACCGGUAUGUCCAGGAUCGACUCCGCCAGGAGGUCCGCGGGCCCCAGGAGGGUGACAUCACGGGGUUGCGCAAUAAUGACUAUGUUAAUGCUGUCAUCAAGGAGACAAUGCGUCUCCAUCCAACUAUCAUCUCGACGCUGCCUCGAUUAUUGACAGAGUCAAUGCAGUUGGACAACCUAUGUCUCCCAACAGGGACAAUUGUGGGCAUGCAGAACUGGGUCCAUCAUCGCAACCCGGCAGUAUUUCCAAGCCCAGAAAGCUUCGUCCUUCAUAGAUGGCUCGACGCCACAGUCGAGAUGGAGUCGUCUCUGACUCCUUUUGGGAUUGGACGACGGAACUGUAUCGGGCAAAACCUAGCCUGGCAGGAACUUUACUGGGCUAUUGGCUCGUUAAUGCGCGCCGGUGUUGAACUGGAGUUGGGUGUUGAGAUGGGUAACUGGGAGAUGGAGAAGAUUGACCGGUUCAAUAUUGCGCCCCGAGGCAAGCGACUCAUGCUAGCUGUUACCAAAUGCGGAAAGAUUUAA